AUGUAAAAACCGACAUUGCCACAGCACGACCAACCAACCAUGAAACUUAAACCUCAUCAUUUUCAUCUUCAUCACAGCCUUGUCUCUUUUUCAUCAAAACCUCGCUACAAAAACCAUGACAUUCUCUACACAAUCUCAGAAGCGAUCAACACCAUCCACAACAACAACAGCAACAAUCUCCAUUCUCAAACACCUCCCGAUUACUCUCUCAACCCCUCCCUCAAACGCAUUCUCCCUUCCCUCACUUCUCACCACAUCACCAACCUCAUCAACCUCAACCCUCUCUCUCUUUCCCCUCACUCCCUCUUCUCCUUCUUCAACUGGCUCGCUUCUCGCCCUCCCUUUCGCCACACUCUCCAUAACUACUCCACCAUGGCACACUUUCUCUCUUCCCAUAACAUGCUCUCACAAGCACAUUCCCUCUUCCUUUUCAUUAUCUCCCGAAUGGGUCACCAUUCUUCUUCUUCCCUCCUCUCUUCCCUUCUCCAAACAAACCCCACCCAUCACCACCAUCAUCAUUGCUCUGUUCUUGUUUUUGAUGCUUUAAUCACUGCUUACACAGAUUCUGGAUUCAUACAAGACGCAAUUCAGUGUCUACGCUUGCUGAAAAAGAACAACUUUGCUAUCCCGCUUCGUGGUUGUGAGUAUCUUCUCCGUCGUGUUAUGAAGCUGAAACAACCGGAGCCUUGUUGGGAGUUUUAUUUGGAGGUUUUGGAUUAUGGGUAUCCGCCAAAAGUUUAUCUUUUCAACAUUUUGAUGCAUGGAUUUUCGAAAGUUGGUGAUGCUACGAAUGCACGGAAGGUGUUUGAUGAAAUUCCUAAGAGGCGUUUGCGUCCUACUGUUGUUAGUUUUAAUACUUUGAUAAGUGGGUACUGUAAAGCUGGGAAUGUGGAGGAGGGUUUUGUGUUGAAAGGUGUUAUGGAGAGUGAAAGGAUAUCUCCGGAUGUUUUCACUUACAGUGCUUUGAUCAACGGGUUGUGUAAGGAAAGUAGGUUAGAUGAUGCGAACAAUUUGUUUGAUGAAAUGUGUGAGAGGGGGUUGGUUCCUAAUGGUGUGACUUUCACUACUUUGAUUGAUGGACAGUGCAAAGAUGGAAAAAUUGAUUUGGCGUUGAGAAAUUUUCAGAAGAUGAAGGAUCAAGGUGUGAGACCUGAUUUGAUUACUUAUAACGCGUUGAUCAAUGGGCUUUGUCGGGUUGGAGAUAUCAAGGAGGCUAGGAAGCUUUUUAAUGAGAUGAUUGGGAAUGAUUUCAAGCCUGAUAAGAUCACUUUCACAACUCUAAUGGAUGGAUGCUGUAAAGAUGGAGAUAUGGAAUCGGCGUUGGACAUUAAGGAUAGAAUGGUAGAGGAAGGAAUUAAGCUUGACGAUGUUGCUUUCACUGCACUAAUAUCGGGACUUUGUAGAGACGGGCGAGUUCGCGAUGCUGAAAAGUUGUUGAGGGAUAUGUUGAGUGCUGGUUAUAAACCCGAUGAUCCAACAUAUACGAUGGUUAUUGAUUGCUAUUGUAAGAAAGGUGAUGUAAAGAUUGGAGCCAAGUUACUGAAAGAGAUGCAGAGAGAUGGACGUGUACCAGGUGUUGUUACUUAUAAUGCGCUAAUGAAUGGAUUUUGCAAACAAGGUCAGAUGAAAAAUGCUAGAAUGUUGCUUGAUGCAAUGCUUAAUUUGGGAGUGGUUCCAAAUGAUAUUACGUUUAAUAUUUUACUAGAUGGUCAUUGCAAGCAUGGAGGUUCUGUUGAUUUUAACAUAUUUAGUGGUGAGAAAGGACUUGUUUCAGAUUAUGCUUCAUAUAUAGCACUAGUCAAUGAAUCAAGUAAAAUUUCAAAAGAUAGACUGAGGAGCUGAUAUUCAUUGAACUAAGUAGCACCAACAGAUCAGGGAAUGCCCUCUCGAUAUGCCGGUUUGUUUAGCAUGGUGCACACUAAAUGGCGGUAGGAAUUUUUCUGCAGUAACUUGGAGAAUUGGAUGCAUUUAAACAUGAAUAUUAAUAUUGGAUGGAAAGAGAACAGUAGGUGGAGUGUUCUAUAGGUGGUAGCUUGUCAUUGCUUGUGGAAUUGGAGAAAUAAAAAAAAUAUUAUGAGAAUUUUGCUAGGCCAGUUGAUCCUUUGGGAGUCAUCCAUAAUCGCAACAAGGAGUAUGAUACGAUAUGCAAGGUUCUGAAUAAUAACCAUUCAACCUUGCAAGGAGGUGACAUGGGUUAGUUGGCAUCUGCCAAAUGAGGGAUGGAUGAAGCUAAAUUCGGAUGGUGCUUGCAAUGAAAAUGGCUGAGGGGGAUGUGGCGGUAUAACUAGAGAUAGUGGUGGAAAAUGGAUAGCAGGUUUCUCCAAGAAGUUGGGCGUGUGUCAUAUGUUAGUUGCGGAAUUAUGGGAUGUCCUAAAAGGUUUAAUUAUUGCUAAGAGAAUAGGUGUAAAUGUCAUUGAAGUAAAUAUCGAUUCGACUGGAGUAGUUAAUGGGAUGAACAAUAUUAACAAGGUGAACCCCAUGGAAAGUGCCUUGUUAAGCAAAAUCAAAGAAUACAUUGAUAUGGAUUGGAUGGUGCGGGUAUGAAAUGUGUUUAGGGAAGAGAACUUUUGUGCGGAUGCUCUUGCCAAGAGGAGUUUGCAGCUUAACGAAGAUUAUUGUUUCUUUGAUUUCUGUUCUAUUCGGAUAAAGCAUAUUAUACUUGAAAACUUGGUGAAAUUUUUUACACUAUUUAUGUGCUAUUUAACACUAGUUAUGUGCUAUUU